AUGCCUUCUGUCAAGUUACAUCCCCGGCCCUCGAUUCAAGCCAACAAAGCGACCGCUACCGCUCCCUCAAAUCCAGCCCACAACCCUCUCCCAACACUGCUUCAAACACCCUCCGGUCUAGCCCUCCUUGAGCUCCAGGGCACAAUCAAUGUUCCCUCGGGGAAUGAAGAUGAGGACAAAGAAGAGGCCUCCGGGAAGAUCGACCCCGCAGCCGCUUUUGAAACCCCGAUCGGAAAGCUCAUGUUCCCAGACUACUCGACCCUCAAUCCAGACGACACCAAAUGGAUGAAGCGUGCUUACCUGUACGUCGGCCGCUACCAACGAAUGACUGGAGAGGUGAAAAAGCUUUCACGUCCGAUUGCUAUCUUGCAGAAACACCCGUCGGAAGGCGAGGAACUGGAGGUUGUGGACAUUGUGCGAUAUAAGAUCUUCUUCAAGAAUCGGCCUGAGCCCGUCAACAAUGUCUGA